UCUGAACGCGGCAAGGGUAGCAAAGGCAUGGGCAAGGGUGGUACCAAGCGCCUUCACAAGAUACUACGCGAUAACAUCCAGGGCAUCUCGAAGCCCGCUAUUCGCCGUCUGGCUCGCCGUGGCGGUGUCAAGCGCAUCAGCGGCCUAAUUUACGAGGAGGUGCGCAGCGUGCUCAGAAGCAUCCUGGAAGACAUCCUCCGAGACGCCCUCACCUACACGGAGCACAGUCAUCGCGUGACCGUGCAUGUCAUGGACGUCAUACAUGCGCUCAAGCGGCAGGGCCGGGUCCUCUAUGGUUUG